AGCUGCGUUUCUCCUUCGAUAGUAUCGUCGCUACCGUGAGCGCGCGUGACGAUUGUGUGAGUGAAGGCCGUACGGAGAUAACUUCAUACCACUCGGACAUCGUUCGGCGAUCGCGUCUCUCACGCGUUGGGAGUACUUAGGAGGAGGAUUCCUCGUUAUCGAUAUCAGUCGCUGCCGUCGUCGCCGCGUGUGCAAGUCUCACCAACUCCGAAACGUGUGUCGGCUUCCGCUUUUCGUUCGCAAGUCAUCUCUUUCUCUUUCUCUCUUUCCUUUUGCCGCGCGCCGACGAGAGUAAACUCGUGGCGCGCCGUGCAUCUCAGGCCCACAAACACGCGUGCUUCUAUGUUCUACGACGUCGCUGUGGUACGACGACAUGACGGCCGAGCUCGAGCACAGUGACUCUCGGAUGCGAUUACGCAGAACGAAGAGCGUCACGAGGGCGGAGGAGAUCCAGAAGGCGGAACUGAAGGUCCGCAGAUCGCAACCUGAUAAGCCAUGUCACCGUCCAAGAGAUAGUCUUUUUUCGUGGAGCUCCGGCUUCGAUAACUUCACGGGAUUCGUCAAUUGGGGCUUCUUAUUACUAGGUAUUGGUGGUAUCAGGUUACUGCUUGAAAAUUUCAUAAAAUAUGGAAUCAGGGUGGAUCCCUGGCAAUGGUUUCUUUUCCUUAGCGGCAAGAAUGAUGGCGGCGAAGUAUAUCCUUCGUUGUUGCUGAUCUGCUAUUCUACCGUGCCGGUGGGCCUUUGUCUGCUGAUCGAGAAAGGACUGUCUGUGGAUAUCAUAGCUCAUGGCACGGGAAUGGUGUUCCACGUCAUAAACCUCGUUGUGAUGGUACUGAUGCCGAUGGUGGUCAUCCACGUGAAGGAUUCCGGAUUCAGCUUGGUUGGCGCAAUGUACGUUUGUAUGUUGUACGCUAUACUCUUUUUGAAGUUAUGGUCGUACAUACAAGUGAACAUGUGGUGCCGCUUGAGCAGCCGAAAGAAAACCACACAAGGCAGAAUGAGACGUCAGCUGUCUUACAAUAAUCUUCAGUCUUCCGGCAUUCAACAGAGUACGAAUGAUGUCAGCGACUUUGAACACGAGAUGAACGACUGUGGAAAUUCAUUAGUACAAUAUCCUGAUAAUCUAAGCUUCGCCGAUCUUUAUUACUACAUAUUGGCACCCACUUUGUGCUACGAACUGAACUUUCCCAGAACGCAGCGGAUUCGAAAGAGAUUUCUUAUAAAACGGAUAUUGGAAGUCGUCGUAGGAUGCCAAGUAGUGAUGUCACUUUUCCAACAAUGGAUGAUACCUUCCGUAAAGAAUUCAUUAAUUCCCUUUAGCAAUAUGGACGUAGCCAAGGCCUCCGAGCGUCUUCUCAAGCUGGCGAUACCAAAUCAUCUAGUAUGGCUUUGCUUUUUCUACUUGACAUUUCACUCCUCUCUCAAUCUGUUGGGCGAGUUACUACACUUUGCAGAUCGGAAUUUUUACAGUGACUGGUGGAACGCCAACAAUAUCGAUACGUUCUGGAGAACUUGGAACGCGCCGGUGCAUCGCUGGGCAGUGCGACAUCUCUAUAUUCCGAUAGUAGAAAUGGGUUAUGGUAAAACCACGGCGUCAUUGACUGUCUUCUUUAUUAGCGCUUUCUUUCACGAGUAUCUCGUCAGUGUACCCUUAAGGACGUUCAAGAUAUGGGCGUUUAUGGGUAUGAUGGGACAGAUACCACUGUCGGUGUUGAGCAAGAUGGCGGAACGAUACUGCGGCGCCAGAUGGGGUAACAUCGUCGUAUGGGCAAGUCUCAUCAUCGGGCAACCACUUUGUAUAAUGAUGUAUUAUCACGAUUACGUCGUAACGCAUUUUGGCGAGACUCUGCUUGAGGACUAUUCCACGAUAUAAAGGAGCUAAAAAGAAUGAAAACGCAGAAAUGAAGAAAGAACUGCUUCGAAGAAAGCAUAAAUUCGCGAUUGAUUUGUAACUUCUUCGCGAAACUGUCGAUUCUUUUUUCAUUGAUCGGGGAUUCACGUAACUUCCGGCUUGUAUUUCGCGCGAAUACACUCGAAUCGUUAUUACUGUAGUUUAAUUACUGUGUGACGAUUUACGUCCGUCUGUAUAUUUUGAUAAUACAAGUGCCUUAAACGUAACUUCGCGCUGUAUGAAUGGCGCGUCGAAUAUGAAUGUUGAAGCGAAAUCGAGAUUAUUGAUCAAAAAUACUAUUAUAUUAUGUUUCCUAAGAAUUUUCUAGUAAUAUUUGAAAAAGCUGUAAAUAGUUAUCAGCACCUAUAUUAGGUGUGUACAACAGAACUUAAUAAUUUUUGUACAAUAAACUUCGCAAUCGUGCUUCCACGCCGGAAGAGGCGAAAUUGUUAUCGAA